AUAUUGAAAAGUUCCUCAAAACGCUGUCGCUUGGAAAGCGGCUUUCAUGCCCUCUUCUUCGUUUACUGUGUAAGACGCAAAUCCUGAAAAUUUCACCCCAUGUUCUCACUUUCUCUCGCGACCUCUUGAUCGUCUUGUAACUCGUUCAAGCUCGACUCAGUACCCGAUACCGCACCCAUUCGACGUCGUUUAGCAGUGAAAAUGUGCGUGCAAACUGUUAUGCUCUGAAUUCUGGGCGGUUUCUUUUGCUUGUGGUUGUGGACUGGAUCUCCAAUUGUCAAAAUUUUGGUUUCACAGUGUCAUGAUUUUUGAAAUAGGUUUAAUGACUGAAUGCAGGAUCCCAAUGGUUUUAUUGACGAGAAGAGCGAAAGCAGGCUUUACGUCGGUAACCUUGAUUUGAGAAUAACAGAGGCUGCUCUGAUUAAGAUGUUUUCUCCCUUUGGAAAGAUUGUAGCUGAAGACUUUCUGUGGCAUACUCGUGGCCCGAAACGCGGCGAGCCACGAGGCUUUGCUUUCAUCCAGUAUAGCACAAAAGAGGAAGCUAAAUUGGCCAAGGAGAAGAUGCAUGGGAAAUUAGCUUGUGGGCGCCCAUUGGUUGUCCGUCUUGCUAGUGAGAAAUACUUGGUGGAAACAGCAGAGAAGUUGUCCAAAGGUGUGGGUGACUCACAUAAGACAAGCCUUUCUGGUAGUAGUUCAGGACAGAUGAGUCGAACUGCUAAAAUUGCUGCAAUCAAGAACAAAUUAAAAGCUUUGGAGGAGGAUAGCUCUAUUUCAAAGAAGCAGAAGCUAGCUGAAAGCGUCUCUACUAGUGAAAGUUUGGAUCGGCCCUCUGGCAAAAGAUGAUAAGAACUUGUAAUUGGGGUAGAAUUCUAUCUAACCGAGAGAUUCUGUGAAGCCUUUUACCAGACUUCAGAACUUGUGAGGUAUUAACAAGGUGCUGAAAUUGAAAUGAUUUCGGAAUUUCAUAUGUGAUAUUCCAUGAUGUUGUAAUUGUCAAUGGAAUGCUUGUCAAUCGAAUUCUGAUCCUGGCGUUGAUAGUGCAAAGUAAUUGUGAAUUUGAGUUCU